AUGGCGCCACUGACAGAUCAGAUCUAUUUUCCUCCGCUGGAGGACUGCCUCAAGGGCGAGACCAGCGUUCUCUCCUGGAGGCUCGUCGCCAAAGCUUUAGCUGAGCCCACCGGCGAACGUCGAAGCACAGAAACCCUGUCCAAAUUUCUAAAAGACGAACAUGUUCGAUCACUCCUUCGAGACCCAGCAACUGCAUUCAGCCCAUCCAACGAUGCGACGAAGAAGCAGUUCGAGACAACGACGACUGCCAUCAACGUGACCCCGACACCGAACGGCAAAUAUGACAUUGGCACCAUAAAGGGGGAUGCUACAUGGCUAAGCAAAGCUGGCAAUGUCAACCUCAUUGCAGCGCUUCGAAUCGUCGUUCUCGAAUUUCAGGCUCGACCUGCCGCUCAUCUCGCAGGGCCACUAUCAACACAAGAUGCCGUCAACCUUCAAGAAGCUGCUGGCGUCAGCAACUCUCAGUCAUCGAGCCUCGUCCCCAUAUCUGGCGCGACGAUGGAUGCCGACGCCAUAUGGGCCGCGUUUGACAAGGAGGAAGCAAAGCGCCUACGCAUUUUCCAGACCUACCUCUCAGAGCGUCGUUUUCUGGCCAUGGCUGCGGACUUGACGCAUGGUGAGACUUUGCGCCAUCAGCCCAAAGCUACCACAGGCACUGAAGAGGCUAUCGAAGCGACUUACCCUGUCCUACCCGCCGAGGAUCUGACCAAGCUGGCGGAGAAUCUUAUUUCAACCAACCUCAAGUGGAUAGCUCGGACAGUCGAGAGCCUUGGCAACGGCUUUGAACGAGAGACUGACAAUAAGAGCAUCUUGAUCGACGAGAUCGAGGUUGAAUGGCAACGAACCUUGCUGACCGAAAUUGCACACGCCUUGGCCACUGUUUUUCAGGCCCUGGACAGCCAUGGUGACCUUUUUGCGGCCCCCUCGUUUGUCCUUGAAUGGUUCACACUAAUGGAGUCUUGCGUCUUCUUCGAAGGCCUGUCUGCGGUUCAUGAGAGCAUCGCCUCCGUUGUGCUCCCCAUUCACACAUUAGUCUGCGUGAUCUCAUUGAAGCUUUUGAAUCCCACAAGGGCAAUGGCUUUCCUGUCACAAGACAUUGACCUCCACCCCGAUGAGAACAACCCUUAUCUUGCCUCAUCAGACGUCUUGUCAAAGAUCCACGAUGCCAUCCUCACAGCUGCUGAUGCCGGCUGCGAAAGCCAGAGUCCUGUCAUGUUUGUUUGGACCGUCAUCACCCACCGCAUGACCAUCUCGCACACCGAGCGCUCGGAGAAAAGAGACACGAUCCAGAACCAGAGGUCGCAAGACGUCUUCGAAUCUAACGAUUCGAAUGAACCCCAGGCCUUGAUUCGACCCAGCACCGGACGCCGACUGUCCGCGGGCAGCAUCGUCUCUCUCGAUGGCUUGCCGUUCGACGGAUUCCUUGCUGUUUCUGGUCUCAAGGAUGACACGCAAGCAAUCGAACAGCUGGCCAUCGCUGUCACUUCCCAGGGCAGGGUUUAUGAUAUUGUGACACAGAUGGUUUUUGCUGCCUCUGCAUCAAACGAAGGAAGCUUUGCCCCUGCGUUGGGCACCCGCAUUCGAACUACAUUCAUCGACUUUUUGAAAGCCACUUACCCUCUGGUUGGCUACCAGUCAGAUCCCGUCACAGCCUUGCUCUCGGUCCUUUCCGCCGGAAAGAGCUACUGGGAUUUAUCUCAUGAUUUGGAUCCAGCGCAAGACAUCGCCGCUCAAACGCUGCAGGACCCUCGAGCCCUGGAAUUCUACUUCGACCAAGCAUUCAGCCGCUAUCCUUACGAGUUCUUGCCAUUCCUAAACCUCUGCCGUUCUCUCACCAGUGCAUCUGCCACGGACGAAAGCGCAGAUGCGAUUAUCAACCUGCUUCGCAAGACUCCUUCCCUCACCUUUUCUUUACCCGAUAACUUCCAGGAGUACGAGUUGGCGCAGGAAGAGGAGAACACGAACACAUUCCGCCUAUUGGCCGAUAUCUCCCUAUUCAACACAUCGUCUUCCUGGAGCAGAAGAUCCCGCGAGGAUGAUGCGCUUAUAAUACCCGCUGGCACCUACGGACGUUUCAUCACCGAUACUGGCCGUGUUGUACUAAUGGAGUAUCAACAUUCAGCACUCGCUCUUCUAGGCAAACAACUAGAAGUGCAUCUUGCAUCAGAAACCUUCAACAGUGAGCUGGAGGGUUUGCGAACGGAGGACGUUGCAGAAGUUGUUGCACUGCUCUCAACGCUUCUUCAAUCUGAAUCAAUCAAGAGCAAGAAAAAAGGACUUAAAGGCGAGCUUGUGCUCAAGGCUGGUCUUGAAAUCUUGGAAGAGACAAGCAAGCAUCUUUCGGGCAACAAGGAUAUCAUCUCCAUCGUUUGCAGCCUGCUCGACGUCUAUACACAAGACGACCAAGCGACUGCCGAUGGCCCUGGUAUCCUUGUCUUGACCUCGUGUGUCCAAUUCCUCCACGCAACCUUGCCACUUUGCCCAACCCGCGUCUGGUCCUACAUGGCCCGAUGCGAUCUUCUCAACUCGGACUCACGUGCCGGAAAGUUGACUAGAUUGGUCGGCCAACUUGACCUAUCACCCGAUCGCUUUGAUUUCCUGCUUUCCGUUAUCAGGUUGUUCUCAAGCCUUGUCGACAGCGUAAUGCAUAGCGCUAUCCAGCGGAAGUCUGGUAACAAGAUUGUCGGCCGCCAGAAAGUCUCAAACAAUGUCUGGCUCGGAGUUGCGGACAAGGUGCUUGCAAGAGUCAGCCUUGCUAUUGCCCAAAGUGCCGUUGAUGUCUUCGAGAGCUCCUCUACCUGGCGGUUCCCAUCGGAAAUCCAUCAGACAAUACUGAUUCAAGAUCUGAUCCCCAUCAUGGAGAGGCUUGUGACUGACACAUAUUCCAUCGGCGACCCCAGAAGCCCCGAAUCACUGUCCAUCUGCUUGCAGCCAGCAUCUGACUACAUCAUUGAGUCUUUCCUCUCUGGCUCCAAUGGCUCGUUGAGGUUUCAGGCUCUUCUUGGGACUUGGAUCACUGCAUUGCGCAUCCCGGAUUCCACUCUAUACCUCGGCAAGCUGUCUGCCAUCAGGAGGCAGGUAGUCUCGACGAUCGGGUUCGCAACCUCAUUGCUGCGUGUGGCAUCUCUCCUGGAGCGGCCUUCUACCGCGUUUGAAGAGUAUCUCUUCAAAGCAACCUCUGUUUUUGCUCGACUGAGCGCUGUUGAUGAAGAAUUCAAGCAACCCGUGAUGGCGCUCCUUGGGGCACUGGUUGUCAAUGCUUCUAAAGCUCACGACGACCCCCCAUCUCUGCUUGGAUAUCUCGGUCCGCUCCUGUCCAGAUCGUUCCUACAACUACUGUCAGGCCUCGGAAAGCCAUUCCUUCAAUCUUCUGAAGUUUGUGCCACAUGGCACUUCUUUUCUAUCAUAGUACAGAACCGACAGCAGUGGAUGUCAAACUGCCUGCUCACAGGCAGAACACCUCGCGACGCGCUGAGCAGGGGUGACGAUAAAACCACUGAAUCAGCGACCACCUCUGUUCUAAGCACUGCAUUCGCUAAGCUGAAGGCCAUCAACGACCUGGAGAGGGAGGAGGCGCUGAAGGUUCUCGACUUUGUUGCUUCAGCGCAGAAUCACUGGCCGUGGACAAUCUUCACAAUGCAGAGGGAUUCAUCCUACUUCGAGUCCCUUCGCCGUUUCGUGCGAGAGCUACAGACCUCAAGCACGACCGCGAGGACAGAUGCCACGAAGGCAGCGGUCGAGGCUAAGAUGGCGGCCUACAUCGCUGAGAUCUUUGCUAUGCAGCUGUACCAUCAGCGACAGAUGGGCGGUGCUGAGGAGCUGGCGAAAAGCCUUGUGGCGGAUCUCGACUAUUUUCUCCGUGAUGGUGUCGAGGUGGCAAGCUACAACAACUCACUGCACAACAACUUUACGAAGAAUUUUGCGUCCAAAUACCCUGGAGUGUCCCUGGACAGCCUCAAGCGAACGGCGUUGGAGCCUCGCGAGCUUGGAAAGUGGUACUACUACGCCCUGGAUCGUGCAAACACGAUGCUGGACUUCGAUCCCGGCUGGCACGGUCGACGAGAUGAUGGAUUCAGGAAUGAGAUGGGCAUCGCGAACGCCAACUUGUCUCUGGUCGAUGCCCAAAUUUCUCUGUUCCACGCGUGGGAGUUCUUGCUCCUUGAAUUGAGCAGUUCAUUGCCAGAGAACCCUAAUGUCCAGAAGCAAAUGCUACAAGUAGCUCAGCAGUGUCUCAACGCCAACCAGUCAACUCAAGGUCCCGAGAAUAUCUUCGUGCGCAUCGUCGAGGAUCGAGCCAACUUGGCCUUGAUGUUGCUUCGUCGGCUCGUCGGUACAUCUCCUACAUCUCAAGACAUCAAGCAGAUCUUGGGCAGCCUGUUCAGUGUGAUCAACGCCGUCCAAGACCCAUUCGGACCCGAGUCCAUCGAAUACCACCGGACCAUUCUGAAGACAGUCUAUGUCACACUACGUCUUUACGGCUCCGCGGACAAGGAAAGCCUCAAAGCUUCAACAUCUGGUCCCAAAGGCUCGUCAACAACCUUGACACAGACUUUUCUCAACCUCCUUGAUACCGUUGUGGCCAAGGGCUUCAGAUCACUGAUUAGUCUUGUGCACGACUCGAAUGCGGCGGUCGCGCCGGAAGAUUUUGCCCUCCUAACCGCGAUUCUUCAGGCUUGUCUGAGUAUGCCUGCGAUGGACCAGUGCCAGACUCAAAUCCUUAACAUCAUGGCGUCAUACGACGCCAUGCACGCAGCGACAUCUCUGUUUUCUUGGUCAGACAAACUCUCGACCAACAGCGACCCGAUUUACGGAGAGCUGAGUCUGCUCUUCCUUUUGGAGCUUUCUACACUGCCCACUCUCGCGGAACAGAUGGCGGCCGAUGGCUUGCUGAGCCACCUCACUUCGGCUAACAUUACAAAUUACAUGCGUAAAGGCAUUAUCUCGCCAUUUUCCGACGUUGUCGGCGCUCAGAGGUGUUACAGCAUUUGGGCGAAGGGUGUCCUACCUCUCCUCCUCAACCUCCUCACUGCUCUCGGCGGGACAGUGGCGCCCGAGGUCGCCUAUGUUCUGAACCAGUUCCCCCACCUUCUCAAAUCCAGCGUGGAGAGGUUUGAAGCGCCUGGCGCUAGUCGUACGGCCUCGCGCGAUGCACCGCACUACGUCACGCUCCUUGCUGUUUCCGAGGUUCACUCGCUAGCUCUAUUGACCAAGGUCAUCGGCGCUCUCCGCGUGAACAACAACCGCGACAUUCCUGCAGUUGAUUGGGACGCAGCAUCACUUCUAGAAAACAUCGACUUCUGGCUCUCAACACGCAAACUUCUUAAGGAGCGGCUGCUGCCCCUGGGUCAGCGCGAGGUCGAAUGGAGAGGCGCAGCUAUCGACGCUGCCGGGGAUGAGAGGAAACCGGACAAUGUGCUCGAGGCCAAGGUCGUCGCGCAGAUGGAGGCCGUUCGAGACGUGCUCAUGGAGGAUUUGGAGUAG